GGCCCGCGCAGGCCCGCGGCCCGCACCGCGCUAACCCCGCGGCGUCUUCCGGGCCGAGGCGGGGCUGGGCCGGAGGGAGGCGGGGAAGCGGGAAGGUGACCGGGGCGCGAGGCGGAGCCGGCCCGGCGCGGUGGUGGCAGCGGGGCUGCCAUGGGCUCCGUGCGCGGCGUGGGGACGCUAGUGCGGCCGGCGGCCUGGACGCUGAACCAGAGACGGCACAUCACCUCCUGGCUGGCCCGAUGGUUCCCCAGAACCCCAGCCAAGUCCGUGGUGGCCCUAAAAACACCCAUCAAGGUGAAGCUGGUGGCUGGGAAAACCUACAGGUGGUGUGUGUGUGGCCGCAGCAAAAAGCAGCCCUUCUGUGAUGGCUCCCACUUCUUCAAACGCACUGGCCUAUCCCCACUGAAGUUCAAGGCCCAGGAGACCCGCACGGUGGCGCUCUGUACCUGCAAGGCAACCCAGAAGCCCCCAUACUGCGAUGGUACCCACAAGAGUGAACAGGUGCAGAGGGCAGAACCGGGCUCCCCACUCUGAGGUGUGGCUCACCCCAGGGAUCCCAGCACCUAUAGCCGGUUUGUGAAGGGCUUGCUCCGAUAACCCAAGGUCUCCAAUCUGGCGCAGCUGGGAACAGGCCCUGGCUUUGAUACCUGCUGGUGAAGAUGGUAUUAAAGAGACGUGCUAGCCCAGA